ACAAGAUCCUUUCCAUCCUGAAUGUUGAGCUGACAACACCCAGUCUCAGCUAUGCACUCGCUGUUAAAGAUUAUACGUGGACGUGGUGAUACACGUUUCCUAAGCCAAACCUCCUCCUGCCUGCAGUAUUCAAGGCAGAGUGCGCCGGACAAAGGCUUCAUUUCACAGUCCCUCUGCGCUCUGGGAAGGGAUCUAACUUGUGGCCGAAACUUUUCGACAGAUAUGAUGAAGAAGAAGUUAAUACUCGAUGUGGACACAGGGGUGGAUGACGCACAGGCCAUCAUGAUGGCCCUCGCGGCCCCCGAUGUGGAGAUUUUGGGGAUCACCUGCUCCCAUGGGAACACACCCCUGGACAACGCCUGCAAGAACACGCUGCGUGUCCUGAAAGCAUGCGGCAGGCUGGAUAUCCCGGUGUAUAAAGGCUGCGCAGAGCCCAUGCUGGGCCGCAGACGUCACGCUGGGGAUUUCCAUGGGAAGGACGGGCUGGGUGACGUCCCAGAUCCAGAUGCUCCAGGUCUGGAGCUGCUGCAGAAGAAAAGAGCUCCACAGGCCAUUGUCAAGAUGGUCAAUGAAAACCCUGGAGAGGUGAGUCUGGUGGCUACAGCGCCCCUCACUAACCUGGCCGUCGCAGUCCAGCUGAAUCCUAACUUCCAGAAGAAACUGAAGGGGCUCUACAUCAUGGGAGGAAACACUGAGUCCAGGGGUAACACCACAGUGUGUGGAGAGUUUAACUUUGUAGCUGACCCUGAGGCUGCCUACACUGUGUUGGACCGAUACACCUGCCCCACCUACAUCGCCACCUGGGAGUUCACCUGCAGGAACAGCCUGCCCUGGUCUUUCUGUGACACAUGGCUGGCGCAAGACACCGACAAGGCACGUUUCAUGGACAAGAUUUACCUCCACACCAGAAAGUUGUUGUCACCGCAGAUGGUCCAGACUGACCGCUACCAAAAGGAGCUGCUGGGAGGACCUGGGUUCAACACCUGCGACACCUAUGCUCUAGCCGCAGCCAUCGACGACAAUCUAAUAACGGAGAGUGAAGAGGUUGCAGUGACAGUGGAGCUGGAGGGAACCUACACCCGAGGCAUGAUGGUCGUAGACUACAUGGAGAUGCUGAAGAAGAAACACAAGGCCGUCAUCUUGAAGAAAGUCGACUUGGAGAGGCACAAACAACUGUUGAUGAAUGCACUGAAGUAGUUGGACAUCUCUGAGCAAGUAAACAUCAUAACCUUUGCAAAGUCCAGUGCAGACCACUCUUUUGUAAUCAUUCCAGACACAACAUUUCAAUGUCUUGCAUACAGUAUGAUGAAAUGUGGCAGUGUGCAGUGACUGAGGAAAUGUUGCAGCAAUAAAAACAUCAGCCACAUUUUAAGAGCCCUGAAGGGAGAAAACUAUUCAGCUUUCCUGUUUUCUGAAGAAGUCCUUUGUGGAGACACAAUGGAAAGCUCUUUUAAAGAAUUUUCCUGGUAUUUUAUUCCUCAUAGCAAAACAGAUGAUCCAGCGCAGACAUUUUUCUGACCAUUUCUCACUUUUUCUGACCAUAAGAGGACAAAAAAAUAAACUGUAAGACUUUUUUACUUAUUAAUUCUACUGGUGUUGGUCUUUAAUAGUAGGUUUGAGAAAUAUUGAAGUUUCUGUAUGAUUUGUCCUUUUUUCUAACAUGUUUGAGAUUAUUUCCAGUUGUGACAGGAGUCUUAAGGUGGUGGUAGUCUCCCAUAUUUUUACAUUUGUUGGUUAGCAUUUUCUAUAUUUGAGGUUUUAUUGUAUUUUAUAGGCUGUGAGAGACAUUGUCUCAUCCCAGGGAUGUUUUUUAUCCAUUACUGAUGGUGUAAUUGUAGCAACUUGAGUGUAAAGAAAGAUGACGACUCAUAUUGUGCUACUGUGAAAUCAUUACCUCUAUGCACGUACAUAAUUACUAUGCAAUAUACUGGUUCUUUUUGUUUUUUAAUCAAAUAAAUGAGCUGAUACUCACUGUG